AUGGCAGCUGCGGAUUUAUUACUGGGGCCUCCACCCAGCUUGGCGGACUUUCGACUUGAAGCCGGGAGGAAGAGGACUGAGCGGGCGGUUGUGGGAGCCUCGAGCCCACAGGCGACAGCCUGAGGCCCCAGGAUGGCCAAGUUUCUUUCCCAGGACCAAAUUAAUGAGUACAAGGAAUGCUUCUCGCUGUAUGACAAGGAGCAGCGGGGGAAGAUAAAAGCUACUGACCUCAUGGUGGUGAUGAGGUGCCUGGGGGCCAGCCCGACACCAGGGGAGGUGCAGCGGCACCUGCAGAUCCACGGGAUCGACAGAGAUGGAGAGCUGGAUUUCUCCAUUUUCCUGACCAUUAUGCACACACAAAUAAAACAAGAGGAUCCAAAGAAAGAAAUUCUUUUGGCCAUGUUGAUGACAGACAAGGAGAAGAAAGGCUACAUCAUGGCGUCUGAGCUACGGUCCAAACUCAUGAAACUGGGGGAGAAGCUCACCCACAAGGAAGUGGAUGAUCUUUUCAGGGAAGCAAAUAUCGAACAAAAUGGUAAAGUGAAGUACGAUGAAUUUAUCCACAAGAUCACCAUUCCUGCGUGGGACUACUGAAUGAAGAGAAUGCCAGAGAGCCUCCCUUGGGCCUGAGAACUCAGACUAAGUUUUUAAAAAGAAAAGGGGUCUUUCAC